AUGCAUUAUCCAGGCGACGAAGCAGCGGAGACUGCAAAAAUGUUCGAGAGAAUUUCACAGUUUCUGCUGGGUGAAGACUACUCGUUUUCAAAUGAUAGCAGUAAUAAUAAGAGAAUAGAGGAGGCUGCGAAUGGGUUGUGGAAAGAACUGGAAAAGGAAAAGGAGGAAGAGGAAGAGGUAGCUCAGUUGCAGUAUAAAGAGGAAGUGAAACAUUACAGAGGUGUGAGAAGGCUUAAAUUUCGAGGAAAGUUUGCUGCUGAGAUAAGAAACCCUAAGAAAAAAGGCAUGAGAAUUUGGCUUGGGACUUUCAGUACAGCAGAAGCAGCUGCAGCGGCAUAUGACCGUGCGGCGUUCAAGUUGCGUGGGAGCAGAGCAAUUCUGAACUUCCCCCUCAACGUUGAGUCCGGACGGUACGUGGAUUCGCAUUCUCAAUCUGUCAUUUCUCAUUCUCCAUUAAGCUCGUCAGAUAAAAGGAGGAAGAUUAGCAAAAAUUAA